GUGAUAGUGCUGCCAUUAAAAAAUGUGUUAAUAAAUUUUGGAAUUAAAUUCCAUAUAGUUUGUCCUAAUAUACCUCCAUCUUCUCUACCUACGUGUACAUAGGUGUUUCGUAUAACACAGUUUAUUAUAGUUUAAUUCCAGUGGUAUUUUCUGAUAGAAAAUCAUUUAUUCAUAUUCAUUCAUACCUUAUUAUCUAUGAUCUGUUUUGCAAGAGGUUUUGAAAUCAUUGUUCUCAGUUGUAUACUUAUAUAACACAUAGAAUAGAAGACACGUUGUGUCGCGUCGUUUGCUUCUUUUAUCUAUUUGUAAUUUAAUUUAUGCUAAAUAUUCUAUUGAUAUAGCAAAGUUAGCGAGCUUAGCAACAUGAAUACCUACUAGAACUAGUUAUUUUAAUAUAUUUGUGGUAAAACUACCGGUUUAAUGCCGGGGCCUACCUAUUACCUUUUGCAUUUUUACAAUACCUACCUCUCCCAACUUAGUAGGUACAAUUUUUUUUGUCGUGUAUUGGUUUUAUAGACUUAAUUAGGGGACAUUUUAUGUAUUAUAAUAUCUAACAUACAAAAUGGCUGAGUGUGAUCAAGAUCUUUUGUGUAAAAAACAUGAAAUUAAUGACGGUCUCGCAGCGCUGGAAGAGAAAAUCGGCACUAGUUCCAUCGGAGGAGACGAACAAUAUUUAUUUGAUUUCACGAAAAAUGAUGACGUAGAUGCAUGGCAAGAACAAUCGGACACAGUACGUGAUGUUGGAAUGUCAAAAGCAUUACUCGUAAUACACAAGAAUAUUGCUUUUCGUAGAGCGAUAUUUUUUGCACUUCUCAACCCUCAAUUGAACGGUGCAGGAUUUGCAGGCAUUAGAGCAAUCAGAAGUUACAACUUAACAGGCUAUACGAAAUUACAAAUACAAUGCCGGGGCCAAGGACAAUAUAACGGAUUUAAAAUAAUUUUGAGACACAAAGGUCUAAAUGACGAGCCAAAUUACUCAUUUGAGCAAUAUUUUCAGGCUCCUAAAGACGAAUUUGCCAUAAGAAAUUUGAAGUUUUCUGAAUUUAAGGCAUAUUACCGGGGAAAACGAGUUAAUAAUAACGAGACUUUAGACUUGUCUCAAAUAACAAGCAUUGGCUUGCAAAUGUAUGGCGGCGUAUAUCAGCCAGUAAAACAAAGAGGUCCAGCUACUUUGGAAAUUGAUUGGAUAAGAGCUUCGCAGUGAGCAGUUCUAUAGAAGAAGCUAUUGGUAAUUGCCAUUCAUUUUGUAACUAUACAAUCGAAUGUAUUCUAUAAAUGCAAUUACUUAAAAGUAUUUUAUUAAGUAACUCUUGUUUUAUAAGGUUUUGUUUUACAGUAAAUUUAAUAACUCAAAAUAAUGUAUGUCUAAUAACUUUAUUAUCUAAACUUAAUAGUUUAACUAGAUAGUACAUUAAUUGAAUUGUUAUUAAAUACACACAUGUUUUUCAAUCAUGAUAUAAAAUUACAAUAAAUGCUUUAUUGAAUCGAA